AUGAGCCGACUUCUGGCUAGAACCUCCGGCAAAGCUGCGGCAUUGUUUAUAAGGCGGUUCAACUCGUUAUCGGACAAAGUAACAAAUCUUCGCCUGCGCCUGGCCCUAUUUCAUGAUUUCAUUUAUGGGACCGCAACAUCCAUUUGGGGAACGGCGGUGUGGACUCGGGCGGUUGGAAAUUCCGUGAUUGCCGGUUCGACCGUCAGAGCUGCUGGCGAUGGUUUUGCUCAAGCCAAGACGUAUAUUGCUUCGCCAGACUAUGGUGCGCUACAUGCGCUCAUCAUCGGGAUCGACGGAUACGAAUCCAAGAAGAUACAACCUCUUCGUGGCGGCGUUUACGACGCUGAUGCCAUGGAUAAGUACUUGCGCGAGGAUCUGCGAGUGCCGGCUCACCAAAUACUGAACCUACGCGAUCGUUCGGCGACGCGCAGUGCCAUCAUUCGGGAGCUGAAAGCCUUGGCGAGAAACCCGUCGAUCAAACCCAAUGACCCUGUACUCAUCUUCUUUGCUGGGCAUGGUGUUUCGGCUAAGGCGCCUCCCAGUUGGGAGAGUGGGAGCGGCAUUAUCUCUAUGCUCGCACCUUACGAUUGCUUUGGCACCGAGUCCAAUGGGAAGACCAUUCUUCCAAUACCCGACCGGACCAUCGGAGCGCUGUUGCAUGAAAUCGCAGAGGGACGAGGACUUACGGGAACUGGUAAGGGAAACAACAUUACCGUGAUCCUGGAUUGUUGUUUCUCUGGCUCUGGGACUCGAAGCAUCGAGCGCUCCUCUGUACACCUUGAGCGAGGAUUCAGGCUGGACUCUAGUCUCUCGGUUCCCCCAUCCCUGGAUGAUGAGAUCUGGAGAGGACCCCACACCAGCCGUGCUAUAGAUCCCAUGACUGGCUUUACUAUGUCUGGCUUGAGCUCGCACGUGCUCCUCGCCGCCUGUCGAGAAUUAGAACAGGCUCAUGAGAUCGACGGCCGCGGCCUCUUCACGAGCGCUCUCAUCCACGCCCUCCGCCUAGGUGAAAUUAACAAACUCACGUACAAGGGUCUCAUGCGACGCGUGCUACGGGACUCCAGCUUGAAGGACCAGAUACCUCAGUGUGAAGGUCGUUACAUCAAUCGUGUCCUCUUCAACAAUGCAGACUCGGCGAGCGGGCCGUGGGCGAUAUACCCCGUUUCCCGAACACACCUCGGUUUCACAAUUGAUGCAGGUUCUGUCCACGGCAUAACUCGUAAUGAUCGUUUCCUUGUUUACGCGACCAGCGGCUGCAGCCCUGAUGACACCCCUUUGGCAAUCAUGGCGGUGACAACCGUGGGUGCGGUGUCCACCGUUCUUUCGCUCGGGUCGGAGCUUGCGCAAGAUAUCCCCAUACCGUGCUUCGCGCUGCAUAGCUUCCGAAAGGCAAGGUCACUACGCUUGCAUUUGGCAUGUUGGGCGGAACCCGGGUCUAUCUUGCACACGCUACGCACACAGCUCGCACAAAGCGAACUACCAAUCGUCUUCCGCGAGAAUGAAGAGGAAGCAGAUCUCACUAUCCGCGUUCGUGAUGGGCACAUUGAGUACACCAUGGAGGACCCUGUUACGAUCUCACAUCGUCUAUCAAAGCCGUGCAUGACGACGGCGGCGGAUUUCCGUCAAGUGCAACAUGUCCUGCAGGCGGCGGCUCGCUUUUUCUGGCACUUCACCCGCUCUCCAGAGUCACGUCUCAUCGCUCGGCAUGGCUUACGUGUACGGAUCUACGAACUGUGCGAAGACCUGGACGCGGGCCUGGACAACAACCUGCGAGUUCAGCUCAAGCCCCACGGAGAAGAUCUGAAUCAUCUCGGCGUCGUUAGCAUUGAAGCUGAUAACAAGACCGCCUACGGUGUCGCUGUGGAGAGCGACAUCGGCGUACCCUUACACGUGUGGGCAUGCUAUUUUGACUGCGGGGAUCUCUCCAUCAAGCACUACUAUCAGCCGCCAGCAUGUGGCGAUCGUGGCGAACCUGCUCUUCCAGCAAAGGGGAGGCUCACGAUUGGCUUCGGCGACGGCGGAGGGAGUCCUUGGACCUACUUUGUGGCGCCAGGUCGAGACACGGACGUCGGAUACCUCAAGGUCUUCGUCUCCACACAGCCAAUCGAUCUAUCCGACAUGGCUCAGUGCUCUCCGUUCCGAAUUGAUGGGAGUAUGGAGCGUGGUGGGAGGGAGCUCGUGCACCCACCGAAGGAGGGCUGGGAAGUUGUUACAGUGGCUAUCAUACACAGGAAGCCUGGUACAGACCCUCCGAGCCUAUACACAUAG